CUUUUUUUGGUCUGCCAAGUGUCAUUUUCUGUCAGAUUUUUGCACUACGGAUUUCUACGGAUUUUUGAAGCGCCCUCUACGGAAAUAUUCAGUUGCGUUGUUAACAACCCUGUGUUUGCUGUUUAUGUUUAAUAUUUUAUUUUUAUAAUAUUUUAUUAUUUAAGUUUAUAUUUAUAAUAUUUAUUAUUCUUGUCUUUGAUGUAAACUGAGUAUGUUGUGUGUUUCCUUAUAGAAUUUUUAUGGCUAAUCAAAGGGAAGUAAAACAAGAAGUUAGUGAGGAAACGUUUAAAGUAGAAAUAAAAUAUGAGUUGGAUGAAGCUCUUUUGGAUGGCUUUAAAUGUGAACUUCAGGAAGAAUCAAACAGGCAAAGUACACAUGCACAUGACACAUACGGUUAUUUAGACUUAAAGGAAUAUCCUAUAAAUAUUAAAAUAGAGGAUGGAAAUAAACUUGACCCAUUUGAAGAAAACCAAAAGACUGAAAAAGGUUAUCUCCAAGAAGAAAAUAAAACAGAAAUUACGGCAACACUAAUUAGAGCUUCAUCUUACGAUGGCAAUGAUACGAAUCCACAAGCUGAAGAAGAAAUAAUAAAUCAAAAUAAGAAAGUUGCGACUGGACAAGGACCUCACAAGUGCGAAAUUUGUUUUAAGGAAUUUCUUCAAGCGUGUCAUUUGGAAACACAUUUGAGAGUGCACACUGGGGAACAAGCUCACAAGUGUAAAAUUUGUUGUAAAAGGUUUAGCCAAGCAAGUUCUUUGAAAACACAUUUGGGGGUGCACACUGGGGGAAAACCUUAUAAGUGUAAAACUUGCUUUAAGCAGUUUAGAGAAGAAAGUAACCUGAAAUUACAUUUGAGAGUGCAUACUGGGGAAAAACCUCACAAGUGUGAAAUUUGUUUUAAACAGUUUAGCCAAGCAAGUUCUUUGAAAACCCAUUUGACAUUGCACACUGAAGAAAAAGCUUAUAAGUGUGAAACUUGCUUUAAACAGUUUAGAGUACAAGGCAAUUUUAAACAACAUUUGAAAGUGCACACUGGGGAAAAACCUUACAAGUGUAAAAUUUGUUUUAAGCCGUUUUCUCGAACAGAUGCUUUGAAGAAUCAUUUGAGAGUGCACACUGGGGAAAAACCCUACAAGUGUGACAUUUGUUUUAAGCAAUUUAGUGGAUCAGGUUGUUUGAGACGGCAUUUGAGAGGGCACACUGGACUAAAACUUCACAAUUGUGAUAUUUGUUUAAGGCAGUUUUCUCUGAGAGGUGAUUUGAAAGUACAUUUGAGAUUGCACACCGGAGAAAAACCUUAUAAGUGUGACGUUUGUUUUAAGCUGUUUUCUCAAAAUGGUGCUUUGAAAUAUCACAUGGCAUCCCACACUGAAGAAAAAUCAUACACAUGUGUAAUUUGUAGUAAACAGUUUAGCGAAACAAGUUCUUUGAGAACACAUUCGGAAGAGCACGUUGGAGUAAAACUUUACAAUUGUGAAACUUGUUUUAGGCAGUUUGUUUGGAGAGAUGCUUAUAAAGCACAUUUGAGGUUGCACACUGGAGAAAAACCUUACAAGUGUGAGAUUUGUUUUAAACUAUAUACUAGCUAUGGUGCUCUUAAAUAUCAUAAGAGAUCUCACAGUGAAGAACCUGAAGAAAAACCAUACAAGUGUGAAAUUUGUUUUAAGCCGUUUCCUAAGCCAAGUGCUUUAAAAGUACAUAUGAGAAGGCACACUGGGGAAAAACCUUACCAGUGUAAAAUUUGUUUUAAGCAGUUUAGUCAAACACGAUAUUUGAAAGAACAUUCGAGGCUGCACUCUGGAGAACAAUCAUAAAAGUGUGAAAGAUGUUUUAAGGUAAUGUCGAAGCGAAGAUCGGUGGGAUAUUCGCAUUUUAUCAAUGAAAUUCGAUAUUUUUAAGACAUUCCAGAAGCCGCUACAGAUAAAAUGUUUUAACAAUCUAUUAAUCAUUCAGAAUUAGUCGAAUGAUAUUAGUAUAUAUAUAUAUAUAUAUAUAUAUAUAUAUAUAUAUAUAUAUAUAUAUAUAU